UUCACACCAAUGUGGUGCCAUCACCACAUUCGCAACACCGUUCUCCACCACAACCUUCGUCUGCGGGUUGACCUGACUUGGCACUUGCUGCCGGCCCCGACUCGUGGGUUGCGCGCUCUUCUUCGCGUCAAGGAGACAGUAAGGUGAGUUUUCAUGGUUUCGAAAGUAUACGACGUUGCUGUGGGGAGAGGAGGGAUCCCUCAAGCGCCACGAUAACCGUGCAAUGGGUUCAACUUUAGGUCUACCUUUCGGUAGACCCUGUGCGCGCUUGACCGCGACCCAGCCGCUCUUUUUCUUCCAUUCCAAAUGGGUUGGUUGGAAAAAGAGUAUUCUGCACCAGUUCGGAGGCUGGACUGGCGGUGAUUGCAAAUCUUCGCUGGUCCCUACACCGAUCCGGUUUCUGACUUUGGUCGGCGCUAAGCAGGAGCAGGCACCCUUAUUCCCUUCACGAUUCUCACGCGCCGUGGACGAACAGUCCAUGUGAAUACGUACAAAAGAGGCAGCAACUUCUAUAGUAGUGUCAAAUGGGUGCAUCAACAUACUUUUCGGAUGCAUGCUGACCAUCUUUUUUCCUUCCUUUUUUCGUAUGUUCAUGCUCUACCCUCUUACGGCAUCGGCUUCAAUGAUUUUCGGCCUUCGUUGUCACGAGAAACGCGGCUUGUUUUCUUCACCUUUGACCUUGAUUUAUCUUCUCCCACCUUUUAUCGCUUCUUCCUCGGCUGUUCAUGGCGCCCUCUUCCAUCACCUUCAACGAUUUUUCUCGGCGGUCGUUUCCUUUGAGACCCUCGCGCGUUUUCCUUUUCCUCGGGUUCCGCCAACCUCCUCAUCACCGUCAACAAAACAACCUCCAACAUCCGCUGUUUGAGUUAAUACUGGCCCUUCGUCGCCGGGCGCGACAGAAUUAAUUGAAUAUCCGAAACCGGCAAGUGAUUAACGGAUACCGAAAUCACUCAAGAAUAGUGGCGAAGCGACAAUUUCCUAUCCUUAAUUUAGAUAUUGUAACCAAGUGUCAACCUGUGUACUGUCUUACGAAUAUAAAUGCAUAAGAUAGGACUUUUUCGUGAAUGCUGGACACUCU